AUCGUUUUCUCUCUCUUUCUAUCAUCCUUCUCAUCGUCUUAAUCAUCAUCAUCAUUAUUAUCAUAAUCUAUAUUGAAUUUUAAACUGUUCAGGUUUGGCCUUAAACAACAACGAAACGUUCAAAUAUCAACACAACGAAAUUUAAGUUAACGAAAAAAAAAAAUUUUCGUUCUUCCAAUUGAACCAAAUUAUUUAUUUUUUAUUUUCGUUCAACUUUCAAGUUAAUUAAACCUUUUUCUUUCACUGAUUAACAACAAUUAACUAAUAACAAUCAUCUCAAAUUCUGUGUGAAUAAAACUGUCCAAGUUUUGAUCAAUCUCAAGGAUUAUUAUCAUUCUUAAUCAUGGUUAAUCAAACUCAAAUCGAGACAAUUACAAGUAUACAAGACGACGAGAUUUGGUCUGAAAUUGAUUUCUUUAAUUGUAAUAAUGAUUUAAUGUUAAAUGAUGGACACAAUUCACCGGCACCUAAUUUGUCAACAUUAUCAAGAUUAUUACAACGACAAUCAACAACAACAGCAACAACAAUUAACUGUAAUAGUGAAUCAAUGAAAGGUGAUCAAAUUAAUGGGAUAACAACAAUUAGUAACAAUUUACUAUUUGACGAUAAAUCAAAUAUAAAGAUUGAAAAUGUUCAAUCAGUGUUAACAAUUAACUGUGAUGGUCAACAACAAGAAAAUGAGGUCAAUAAUCAUAAGAAUAUAAAUGAAACAAUUAAAAACAAUAAUGAUGAUAAUCUGCAUAAUAACAAUGACGAUUUAACUAAUUGUGAUAAUAAUAAUUCACUGGAUAUAACAAUAUCAACAUGGAAUCAACAUAUUGUAUCAAGUGCCAAUCAACAGUCAACUAAUCAUCAUCUAAAUCAUCAUCAACACCAUCACCAUGAUAAUAAUAUUAUCUGGUCAGAUAAUAUUGAUAAUAAUUCACGUUCACUAUCAUCAAAGGUCAAUCAAUCAACAGUUACAACAAACACGAUGACCAAUAGUAAUACUUUAUCAUUAUCAUCACCUGAUGAAACUUUAAGCUUUUUCUGUGAUUCAUCAUUGAGUGAUCAUCAUCAUCAACAACAACAGUCAACCAAUCAUCAUCAUCAUCAUCAUCAUCAAUAUGAUGAUUUUACUUCCCCCUUGGUCAAUGCUUUAGGAUCAAUCAAUGUUGAAUCAUCAUCAUCUUCACCCUCGUCUUCAACAUCAGCAUCCUUAACAAUGAGAGCAAGUUUAUCAUUGAUAACUCCAUCACCUUCAUCAAUAUCAUCCUCAUCUUCAUCUUCAUCACCACCUCAUGAAUUACCUUCAAUCAAUGGAUAUUCAUCUUCUUCCUCAUCUUCCUCGUCAUCAUCUUCUUCCUCCUCAUCACCAUCAUCUCCUUUUGAUUGUAACAACAACAACAACAAUCAAAGUAAUAAUACCAAUGGAAAUUUAAUUUCUUCGUUAAUAUUUCCUUCAAUUGGAUCUCAAAUGUCACCUCCAUCCACACCUCCCAAUGAAACUAAACCUUUUUUCAAUCUCUAUCAUCAUAAUCAAUAUUCAACUAAUCAACCAACAACUAAUCAUCAUCUUAAUUCAUUUAACCAUCAACUAACCUCAUCAUCAUCGCAACUUCAAUCUAACCAUCAGCAACAAAUGUUGACACAAAAUGGAUUACAAUUAUUACCUGUAAACGUUAAUAACUCAAACUAUUCCGUUAAUCCGGUUGUUUAUUUAAGCAACACCGAUACUCAGCAAUCCCAACAACAACAUGGACAUCAUGCCAACACUGCCACUUACACAUCAACUGAAUUUACUUAUCUAACACCGAUACCAACAACUCCCGUUUAUGUUUCAUCUGGUUUAACUAAACCUCCAUCACCAUCAUUUAAUGAUCAGGAAAUGUUAAUGAUAACUUCAGGUCAUCUUAAUCAACAACAGCAACAGAGCUCAACCCAUCAUCAUCCUCAUCCUCAUCAUCCACAUCAUCAUCAUCAACAACAACAACAACAACAUCACCAACAAGAUCAUUCAUCUAAUAAUAAUCUACAUAAUCUAAAUCAACACAUUGGCCAAUCAAACAAUAGUUCCUUUGAAUCAACAAUCACAAUUAACCAAACACCAACCAGCAAUGGACAACAACAACAACAAUCUAAUUCAUCACCUUUAAUUGUAUCGAUAUUAACUAAAUCAAGUCCACCAGCAAAAAUUGAACAACAAACUUCAACAUUGACCCGAAAACAAGUGACCACAACAAUGAUACCUUCAGUAGCAUCAACAACAACAACAACAAUCAGUCAAUUGCCAUCAACAAUUAAAGGAUCAUCACCAAUCACCAUAAUCAACAAUAGUAACAUGACAACAUCAACAGCUAAUAACAAUAAUAGAAGUAAAUUAAAAUCAGCCCAAUCAACAGAGUUAAUUGUAAACAAAUCAACGAGCAAUUUGAACCGUUCAAAUGUGAUACCUGGAAAUCGUAAUAAAAAGGUUAAAGUUCACUAUUGUUCCUACAAUGGAUGUGAGAAAAGCUACUCGAAAUCUUCCCAUUUAAAAGCUCACCUUCGAACCCACACCGGUGAGAAACCGUAUCACUGUAACUGGAAAGGGUGCGGGUGGAAAUUUGCCCGAUCCGAUGAGCUUACCCGACAUUUUCGUAAACACACCGGUGACAAACCUUUUCAAUGUCGACUUUGUGAACGAGCAUUUUCCCGUUCAGACCAUUUAUCCCUUCACAUGCAGCGACACACUAACAUUUAAUCAUCACACCAAUUGUUAUCUAAUCAUCACGAUAAUAUUAAGAAUGCUAAUUAUUAUAUAAUGAUAAUAUAAACUCUCCAAAUAUAAACACAAUUAAAUCCUAAUGAUAUCAAUAUAUAUUAAUAUUAAUACUAUUACAUAUAAAUAUUUUUCUCUCGAAAACUUUUUUUUAUAAGAAAAAACUUUUUUCGUUUAUAUGAAACUUUUUGUUUACUUUAUUGUAAAACUCAAUUGUUUGUAUAUGAUAAUAAAUAUCUAUCAACAUUUUAA